AUGGCCGCCCCAAACAAGGCCGCAGUGCGCUCUGUGCCGUCGGCUUCGUUCUCUCCUGCGCGUCGUCACGCUGGCACCUCUCCGUCCUCCUGUCCCUCCCUCUGUUUUCCGUCUCGUUCUCCUUGCUCUCAAUUCUCCCUCUCUCUAGGAAGGCAGAGAGACGCGACCUCGCAGGCGCUGCGCGCGUCCGCGGCCUGCUGCUGCUCAGGCCUCGGCUGUUGCGCAGCUCUAGGGGAUGCCCGCGCGGCACCGGGCGUGGCACGCUCUUCUCUCUGUCGGUCCUCCGCCUACUCGGCGUCUGCCAGCUCGCCGCCUCCCUCCGGGCUGUCCGCGGAGUCGCCCUGCGCGGCGCGAACCGUAGUUCACGUGGAUAUGGACUGCUUCUACGCGCAAGUCGAGACCCUACGGGACCCGUCCGUCGCGGGGAAGCCGCUUGCAGUGCGGCAGAAGCAGCUGAUUGUGACAACGAACUUGGUCGCGAGAUGCCCCCCGUGGAAGCUGCGGAAGGGGAUCUACUUGCCCGAGGCCAUCCGCAGAUGCCCGUGCCUCGUCGUGAAGAACGGAGAAGACCUGAGCAAAUACAGAGACGUAUCUGACCGCAUUCUAAACGCCAUCCAAGAGAAAGCGUUCCUUCUCGCUCUGGAAAACUCCCCCCCCUCCUCCAGGUCGCCGUCUUCCUCGGCCGGCGACGAGCCUGACGCCCCAGCGGUGGAGGCUUUGCCCUCGCGGGCCUCCGCGCCUGGAGCUGCUUCACGACCUCGCGCACCUUCGUUGACCUCUCAGCCCUCGUCGUCUUCCCGUUCAUCUGCUUCCUCUUCUUCAUGCAACCCAUCGUCCUCCUCGUUGACUUCGUGUUUUUCCUCUUGUUUUUCGUCUUCUUGCUCUUCCUCUUCUCCCUCUCAUUUCUGUAGUCUGUCGUCUUGCGCUCUGUCGUCUUGUUCUUCUUCUUACUCGUCCUCUCCUUACUCUUCUUGCUCGUCGUCUCUUUGCUCUUCGUCUUCUUGUUCUUCGGUUGCUUGCUCUCUGCCUCCGUCUAGUUCCGCUGCUGGUCUACUUUCGCAUCGUUCAUCUCGCCCUCCUCGUGAGGACGUCGCUCGGUAUGGCUCUUUCCCCGCUUGUGCCUCGCGCGCCUCAGGGCCCUCGGCGUCUCCCACCUCUUUCGUCCUCUCUGCGGAGGCGCGGCCUGCCUCUCGGCGGCGCAGCUCUUCGCGAAAGGGCGCGUCGUCCGUCUGCGCGUGCCACUGCCGUUCUCUGUCUCGUCAGGCCUCUCGCGCGGUUGUGCGAGCGAUGCUUCGGCAGCCGCUCGCCGUCCAGCGCCUGGGGCUCGAUGACUUCUUCAUCGACGUCACCGCCCUCGCUAGCGCCGGCGCACGCGCCCUGCGCGAAUUUCUUGCCUCGCGGCUCGCUGACGCGCGAGACGAGAACGAGAAGGGCGCAGGCUCGGAUGCGCCCGCGACGCCCUCGGGACAGGAGGCGAACGCCUUCGUCCGCCGCGAGCGAUGCGCAGCGCGAGAAGCCUCCUCAUGCCACCCCGCUGCCCGCGCUGCCGCCGCAAGCGAGUCAGGUCGCGAAGAGAGCCGUGCGGAGACGCGUGCAGAAGAGCAGGGCGAGGGAGAGGCGAAAAGCCUCUCGCUCGCCCUGACAGGCACUCCCCAAGACAGGCGCGAGCUGCUGGAUUGUUCGGUUUGGUCUCCGCGAGAGGAGUGCCCCCCUCGCUUGGCUGCAGGCCGCGGGCGCGAAGAUUUCUUCUUCCCAGAGGGCGCCUUCCGCUGCUCGCGGUGCGCCUUCGUGGCGGUCGCGGAAGAAGGCGAGCCUCCGCGGCCGAGUGGGCAGACCGAGGGGGCGGAGGCGUCCUGCGCGCUCGUGUUCCUCGCCUUCGCGCCCUCCGUCUACCCGCAGAAGGCCGACGAGGCGGCGGGUGGCGGAGGCGGAGGCGGAGGCGGCGCCGCGGCGGGCGUUGAAGGCGGAUCGGCGGAGAAGAAGGACUUUGGGGUCCUCUGCGACGCCUCGCAGCAGGCGCUCUAUUGCCUCGCGAGCUGCGAGGAAGAGGAGGAGGCGCGCGGCGCAAGGCGUCUCAGCGGCGAAAGAGGUUCCGUGCCGGCAGGCGAUGGGCUGAGCAGAAAGAGACUGCGACGCGAAGACGUGGCUGCCGAGGGAGAGAGUGCCUUGGCCGCCAGCGAGGCAGGUGGAACUGAGCGAGCUUCGCGUCGAGGAGACGCGCAUGGGGAAUGCGAAGAGCCCGCGAGAGACGCCGACCUCAGUCGCAGAGAAGUAGGAAAACAACGCGCACCCGACGGAGGCGGCGACGCCUCCGUCGGACGUCUUUGUCCCUGUCUGCUGCCUCUGGCGAUCGCUUCGCAUCUCGCCCAGGCUGUCCGCUCGUACAUCCACACGCGCAUUGGCCUGACGAGCACCGCAGGCAUCGGCACGAACAAAUCUCUAGCCAAGCUUGUCGGCGCCUACAACAAGCCCAGCCACCAAACGCUUCUUCUCCCGCAGCAGCGGCGGGAGUUCCUCGCUCCGCUUUCGCUUCAGAAACUCCCUGGGUUCGGCUGGACCCUGCUUCGCCUUCUCCACCGCGCGCGGAUUCGAACCUGUGCGGACCUCCUCGCCGCGCCGCUCGCGCGGCUGGUCGGCCUUUUGGAAGCCGCGAACUUCCACUUUGCUCCCGCGGCGUUUCUCGCGAAGACGCAGCUCGUCGAUGGCAGACUGCCCCGAGGCGUUUGGGGCGAAGGCGCGGACGCCGAGAAACGCCGCUCCACGCGCGAGCGAGAUGCCCCUCUGGGCAGGGCGAAGGCCGCGCAGGGGGACGACGGCGCUUUGCUCGCCUCUGAAGCAUCUCCUACCCCGUCUGCCUGCGUUCCUUCCCUCUCAUCCGGUGAGGCCUCUCCCACAGCAGCUGCGCCGUCGCCCUUCCUCCUGUCCGCGCUCUGCCUCCGCGCCUUCUGUCUCGGCGACGAAGGCGAGCCGGUCGUUACCACGCUCGCCCCGAAGAGCCUGAGUGCGGAAGAUUCUUACGUCGCGCGCGGUGUACGGACACCCGAGCGCUUUGUGCUCGAGGCCCAGAAACUCGUCGCCAGGCUCCUGAAGCGGCACGCCGACCAUGAGCAGAAGUUCGAGCAAGUCGCCACGUCCUUCAAGUUGCACAUUCGGCAGAAGGACUUCAACGGGGAGGGCCGUCAGAUGACGCUGCCCUCGUCUUUCUGGGAUCCUUGCGUCGCAGCCACGCAGGCGUCGGCUCCUCCGUCUCCCUCGGCGUCUGCGGCGUCUUUCCUUUCCUCGUCUGCGGCUGCUUCGUCGUCUUCUAGCGCCACUUCUGCUUCUUCCCCAUUAAGUUGUCCUUCUUUUUGCGCCUCAUCGGAUCUCGUCUCGCUCUUGUGCGACGCCCAUCGCCCUCUUUUCUCGCAGGUUGAAGCGCAGCUUCCCUCUGAAGUUCUGCGUCUCCUUCAACGGCUUCUGCCUGCCUACGGAGACGCCACCACAGGCCACAAACCCGCUCGCGCCGAGCUGUCGCACCAGGCUUCCAGCCGCUUCCCCUACUCACCUGCUUCUUCGUCGUUUUCUACCUUAUCUUCUCUCUCCUCUGACUCUUGCUUAGAAGAGCAGUGUGUCGUUGGAGCAGCCGUGCCCUCCAGAGACUCCGCAGGCGCUUUGUCUGCGCGUCUUCCUGUUUCGUCGCCUCCAUCGACUUGCCCAGGCGACGACGCGUCGGCGCGCGUGCCGCUCACGCGGGGGACAGGCGCGGAGACUCGGCCGCCGGCAGAGGGCUGUCAGGCUUUUCUGCUUCUUCACUACGCACUCCUCCUGUUCCUUCGAUUUGACUUUCCUCUCGCGCUCUCCAGCCGCGCGGUGCAGCCAGAUGCCUGCGACAGCUGGGAAGCCCCGGAGGCGGAGGAACUGCGAGAACGAGCCGGUCCCGCACCACCGUUCGAGCUCCACAAGAUUUCUGUUGGGUUUUCGAGCUUCCAAGGCAAGCGCGAGAGAGAGAGGGAACGUCGGAAGGAGGUAGAGCGAGCGCGGGAGCUGACCAGGAGGCCGCUGGACGCGUUUCUGCGCGGCGCCAUGCGCAGGCGGGAGCUUCGCCUGAAGCUCGAAGAAAGCCGAGAGGAACAGAGGCCAGGCCCCACCACAGGCGCGAGAGACGGGAGACAGCAGGCGCCGCCGGAAGUGGACAGGGACGUCGAGUGCAUAGACCUCGUGACCGACGAGGAAGAAACGGAAGGCGAAGAAGACCUGCCGCAGGGAGGCGGCAACGAGAGAGGACGCCUCUGCGAAGGACAGCCCGCGAAAGCUGAACUCGCAGCUGCCGAACAGAGAGAAAGUUUGCUACAGGCCGCGCAAGAGGCGAGCUUCUCCUUCUCUCAGUCUACCGCGCGGUCCGUAACCUCCGGCGACACUGCGAAGCUCGACAGCGCGAGCGAACGGGGCGGGGGCGAUAGCGAAGGAAGCGAGGCGAUUUGCGAAAGCGAAAGCACAGAAAACGCUGCAGAGGAAUCUCUCAUCGGCAGGGGCAGACGAGGCGAGGCAUGGAGAGAAAGAGAGACACAGGAGGCGGUCGCCGAUGGCAGCGACGCCUCUGGCGUGGAAGCCGGUAGAGCAAGACGAGAGAGAGAGGGCGGCAGAGAGGAAAGGGACUGGCGGCUCGUCAGCGAGAAGCAAGCGGGCAGCCGAGAGGUCAUAAGCCUAUCGGAAGAUUCUGCCUUGUCAGAGCAAGAGACGACGUCAAUCGGCAACGAGCGCGCUCUCUUGUCACCCGUCUUCUCGACGACAUGCUUCGUCUCUUCCUUCGUCUCCUCUCCGUCUUCGCGUGGCUCGUCUUCUCGCUCUCUGUCGCCUGAGCGGUCCCUCGCGUUCUCCCCUCCUUCUUCUCUCUCGUGCGCUGCGCCUGCGGCCGCCGGCGCUCUCUGCGGCGCGCCCGCCUCGUUUUCCUCUUCUCCGUCUGCGUCAUCUCCUUCAACGGAGUUUUCUUCCUCACAUGCGGCUAGCGAGGCGCCCGACGCCCCGCAGGGCGCCGCAGCAAGAAACGAGCCAAAAGUCUAG